UACGAUGCAAUCAUUUGUCAAAAAUAUAUUCUGAACAGGCGAAGAGACUAGAGAACAGAGUGUUGUUGUAUAUUUUGUGUGUCAUUAUUUUGGGGAAAAUCUCUUUUUGAAGUAACUUUUUUAAACUAAUUCAUUUCGCGAAAUACAAAAUCUGUCUGCAAAGCUUCAUGCUGUUGAAGGCAUCAAUCUGAAAUGACCAAACAAUUUGGUUAAUUUUACACUUGUCGACAUGUCAUCUCAUGCAACGACGUUUCAACAAGAAUUGGUUCUACCAGAUUUCGGAAGAUUAUUCUACGAGCAAAAGAGUGCAUUUGUUUUUUGCAAACCACAUCUUAUGCCACUGAAGUCGAUCACUUUGGAGAAAUUGGAGAGAAUGCAAAAGCAAGCAAUUGCACAAUUGAAAGAAACUCGAGCUACAACAGCGGCCGCCACGUCCGAUAAAUAAAAAAAAUUGCAAUAAAACCUUAAAUUUAGUGAAACAGCACUCUUCACAUCUGUAUUAUAUCUACAUAAAAGAACGCAACAAAUGGCAUAUUUACUUGCAUUCGCAAUUUGCAUCGCGCUGAUAUUGGCAUCUGUGUCUCUGUUCCGCUACGGAAACAUUCAGAGACAACAUCCACUGGUCACAAUUUCUGUAUUAACAGCUUGGAGCUUUUCGUUUUUAAUCGUUUUUACCAUACCGUUAGAUGUGACAUCGACAGUUUAUCGUCAAUGUAUCAAGGAGAACAAUGUAACCAAAUGGAUUGCCGCAAAUUAUCUCGACUCGAAUCGGAGCGACCUCAAAUCGGAUACGCUUGAGUGUCAACAGCCGUGGGGCAUGGUACCGGAAAACAUAUUCCCCAAUUUAUGGCGAAUCAUUUACUGGUCAUCGCAAUUUCUGACAUGGUUGAUAAUGCCGUUGAUGCAGUCAUAUCUGAAAGCGGGAGACUUUACAUUCAAAGGCAAAAUGAAGGCAGCCAUCAUCGACAACGCUAUAUACUACGGUUCAUACCUAUUCAUAUGUGGAGUACUAUUGGUGUACAUUGCAUUGAAGCCGGGCGUUUCUUUGGAUUGGCCUAAAUUGAAAGCGAUUGCGAGUAGUGCGUCGAAUACUUGGGGUCUGUUUCUGCUAGUGCUGCUGCUCGGUUAUGCACUCGUCGAAGUACCGCGCAGUUUGUGGAAUAAUUCAAAGCCAAAUUUCACGCUGCAAUACGCGUACUUCAAAACGUCCAAGCUUAGUAUCGAGAAGGCCGAAGCUGAAGAAAAUGUCGAUGAUGUUCUAGAAUCUCUGCAUUCCGCUAGCAAAGCAAUACCAAACAAUCAUCCACUACGUGAAUCGCUUGAGACAAUCCUGCGUAAAGUUCCGCUCGAAUUGAUGGAGAAGGCAUCGAGAAAUGCUAACCGAAAUGGUGAUACGUCCACUGUGAUACCAUCCGAGAAGGCGCUAGUACGAUUGCACAAACAAGUCAUUAAAUCGCUGCAAACAUUCCAACGAACUGAAGCUCUGUGGAACGUUCAGGUGAAGAAAGCUUUCUUCUUGGAGGAUGUGGCUCGUAACUCAAACUCCAAUGACAAACGCUUCAAAACCGAAUUUGUGAUUACGCGCUCAAGGCUGGAGCGACUGUUCUACAGUCCUACGUUGGAUUGGUACUGGCAAUGCUGUUUGAGACCGCCGUUUUUAAAAUGUCUGGCCGUUAUCACUGGUCUUCUAUCAUUGAUGGUUGUGUGGAGCGAACUGACAUUUUUCAAUCGGGAGCCCGUUUUGUCGAUUUUUGCGAAUGUCUUAAACGUAGCGAAGAACAAUUACGACUUUCUAACAAUCGAAAUUUUCUCCAUGCUCACCUUAUGCUACUUGUGCUACUGCAGCUACUCAACUGUAUUUCGGAUAAAGUUCUUGAAUCUUUACUACCUGGCUCCACACCAUCAAACGAAUGAACACAGCCUUAUAUUCAGCGGAAUGCUAUUGUGCCGUCUAACACCGCCAAUGUGUCUAAACUUUUUGGGCUUAAUACACAUGGACUCGCACAUCAUCAAAAGUCGCAUCUAUGAGACAUACUACACGCAGAUAAUGGGUCACAUGGAUGUGAUUGGAAUCAUUUCGGACGGAUUUAACAUCUACUUCCCAAUGUGUAUGCUUGCCUUCUGCCUGGCCACCUGGUUCAGUUUGGGUAGCCGUGCAUUGAAUGCACUCGGUUUCCAGCAAUUCAUGUUAAACGAAUCAUUUGCCACCGAACUGGUGCAAGAGGGACGUGAUUUGAUUGUACGCGAGAAGCGUAAAUUUCAACGCGCCGAAGAAAUGAUGAACCGUCGCCGAGAUCUGUCCAGAAAUACAACAAACAUUAGUGGUAAUAAACAUUUAUAUCGAUCGGUCAGAUCUGAUAAUUCUUUUGGUCCAGGAGACGGAUUGCUGCGAGAUACGGAACCGAUCGAUUAUAGCACAAAUACCAUUGACAAUGAUAUCACCCGUAGUCUGUCACAAGAGAUAAAUGAUCGAUUUGGAGCUAGUACCCAGGUUCAUAUUGGCUUUAGAGGCCACGAUGCCAAUAUUAUGGAUAGUGAUACAGAAGGCGGCUAUCGCGGUCCGCCACCGAAACGAUUGUUCGACGAUGUCUAAUUUAUUAGCUUAAACAUGUAUGCAGAGCAAGAUUGUGUUAUUUUUCCACUUUUAAUUUUAAUUACCAUGAUAAUGUGUAAGUCAACAAAAAACAGAAAUAAACAAAAAGUAAUUCCUCGUACAG